AUGAGCAAUUGGACCCAUUUUAAAGUACUUCUCAAGAAGAACUUUAUUACACUGAAGAGAAACUAUUGCUUCGCAAUAUUCUUCGUACUUCUUCCUCUUGUCACCAUGGGCAUAUUCACAAUAAUUAAGUCCCUUCUGUCAGAUGGCAAGACUGAUGAGAAGCACAAUUUUGACAGUAACCUCAUUAACUAAAUCAUUAUCAUCAUUAUAGAGAUCUACUUUACUAGUACUGAACUUUAUGGCAAAGGUUCUAAUCCAUAGUUUUAAGAUAUCUCUGACAUUGGCAUAUCUGAUUACUCUUCUACAUUAAAUUGCCUGAAACCACAAUAUUCCUUGAGGGAUUUUACCAUUGUUGCAGAUGCUGACACAUUGAAAUAUUUCUAAGGAAUGAUCGAUUUUCUCAGACAAAACGGCAUGAAUUACAAUGAAGUCUCUGACAUUGAGGAUGUGAGAGAACUCAUCAGAACUAGCAACAAAGAUACUUACUGUUUUGCUCUUAAAGUAGCAAAUUUUAAGCUAGACAAGAACGAGUAUGAAUUCGAAGUCAGCUAUCUAAGAUAGAAUAUCCCUGAUACUUUAAGGACUCCAUAUGAUCCUCAAAUAAGAAGUCCAGGUUAUCAAAACUAUGACAAGUAUAAAGACACAGGCAUCUAAGGUAUUUAUCAGCUGAUAUAUCAAACAAUUAUGACUGCUAAAGGCAAGACUGGUGUUUAAGUUGAUGUUGCUUAUACUCCUAUGAAAACCCCAUCAUUCAACUCACUGGAUCCAAAUGUUUCAGAUCAGCUUUCCUAAAACUUCCCAUUUUUCUUCAUGUUCACUUUUCUGAUACCUCUUUAUUACAUCGUCUCCAAGUUGUCUGAGGAAAAAGAAUCAAAAGCAAGAGAAGGUAUGAAGAUGAUGGGUCUUAAGGAUUUCAGUUACUUUACUAGUUGGUUCGUUUUCUUCAUGAUCAUUGUUAUCUUUAUGGCUAUAAUUAUUACUGCUAUGCUAAGUAUUAGUGUGUUUAUCUAGAGUAACAAGUUCUUGAUAUUCAUAUUGGCAUUCUUCUAUGGUAUGUCUUUAUUCGGAUUCUCAGUUGUUAUUGUCGCUAUACUACCAACACAAAGAGCUUCAGCUACUGCUGCCUCUCUUUUACACAUCAUUACUUAUUUCUUAGUAUUCGCUUUCAAAGACCCAGAAACAGCUCAAGGGAUAAAAAUCAUUACAUCUAUCUUCCCCAACAUUGGUAUGACUUUCUGUAUCUACUCCUUGUAUCAUUUCGAGACUGAUUCAACAGGUCUAGGUUUCAACAAUGCCGGAAUUAUGUACAACAACUAUACUUUCAACGCAACCCUCCUAAUGCUUGUAUUUGACACCAUUUUCUAUCUGUUGGUUGGACUUUACUUAGAUUCAGUUAUCCCAAGUCAAUAUGGUGUUGCCAGAAAAUGGAAUUUCCUUUGUACAAGAAAAUUCUGGUGCAAAUCAAGAAGAAAUACUCAAGAGAGCACUAGAGAAGAGAACAGUGCAUCCCUACUCAAUGACUCAGUUGAUGCUGAGGAUGGAAGAGAUCAUUUAGACUUUGAAGCCAUCCCAGAAAUCCUCAAAAGAUAAGAAUAAUCAAAUGACUGUCUGAAGAUACGAGGCCUUAGAAAAGUAUUUGGUGACAAGGUAGCUGUAGACAACACUAAUAUCACAAUGUACAAUGGAUAAAUCUUCGCGCUCUUAGGUCAUAAUGGUGCUGGAAAGACUACUACUAUUUCUAUGCUUACUGGUCUCUUUGAAGCAAAUAAAGGUAAAGCAUCAGUAUUUGGCAUUGAUAUUUUCAAUUAAAUGGAUGAUAUGAGAAAAAUCCUUGGAGUCUGCCCUUAACAUGAUGUGCUUUUUGAAUAUCUUACCCCAAGAGAGCAUUUGGAACUAUUUGCUUCUUUCAAGGGCAGUCUCCCUAGUGAAGUCCCAGCAUAAGUUGAUAAAAUGAUUAAGGAUAUUGAUCUUGUAACAGCCUAGAACUAACUUGCUAAGACUCUAUCUGGUGGUUAAAAGAGAAAACUCUCCGUUGGAUGUGCCAUGAUUGGAAACUCAAAGAUUAUCAUUCUCGAUGAACCAACUUCAGGUAUGGAUACUUCAUCAAGAAGAAGACUCUGGGAAAUGCUUAAGGACAAUAAAAAUGGCCGAAUUGUGAUUCUUACCACUCAUUACAUGGACGAAGCUGAUAUUCUCGGUGAUAGAAUCGGUAUCAUGGCUGGAGGUAAAGUCAAAUGCUGUGGAAGUUCUCUUUUCUUGAAGAACAGAUAUGGAGUAGGCUGCAACUUGGUUAUUGCUAAAAACAAUAGAGAUCUCGCACCCUAAAUCGAUGAUUUCAUAUACCAAAGGAUAGACGGAGUGAAGAAACUGCAAGAAGUAUCAAGUGAAAUGACUUUCUAAUUGCCUACUGCCUCUUCAUCUUAAUUCAAAGAAUUCUUCAAUGAGCUUGACAAUAAUCUUGAACAGCUAGGAAUCAGAUCCUAUGGUGUUGGAAUUACUACCCUUGAAGAAGUGUUCUUGAAAAUCGGUCAUGAUGGAGAUGAAGAAGAAGACGAAGAAGAACUAAAGAAAUUUACUCUUGGUGAGAACAAGGAGGCAUCAUAAUCAUAGAAAAACUAGAUUAACACCACAGAUGAUCUGGAUGAAUAUUCAAUUGCUGAAAGACACGAGGAAGGAGCUGUUGCCACUUUCAUGACUAAUCUUGGAGCUUUACUCAAGAAAAAAUGGCUCUUGCAAAUUAGAGACCCCAGAACACUAAUCAUUGAACUAGUCUUCCCUAUUAUCUUUAUCUUCGCUGGACUUGGUCUUGCAACAAUUAAAUUCUUGAAAGAUGGGCACCCUAGACUACUUUCUCCAACUAUCUUCCCAAGUCCUAAUCCACUUUACUAUAACUCACCCAUUGGAAAUACUUUUGUUUCUGAUUAUUAUAGAAUUAACAAAACUGAAUGGUCAGAUCCUCAUAGUGUCACCCAAGACAACCCAGAUAAAAGCAACUAUCUCGAUUUGUUAGCUGACUUUGAUGAUGAAAUUUUUAAAGCAGCAGACGAUACUGGCAUCGCUAAUUACGGCACUUAUUUUUACUACAAACUUGGAUAGCCAAUCAAUAAUGAUUUCAAAUAUGGAGUUUUUGCCUUCGUAAACUCAACAGCUCAAGAUGCUCCAGCUUCUUUCGGAGCUGAGAUCCAUGAAAAUAUAAUGAAAGACAUUCUGGGAGAUAAAGACCUAACACUAAAGAUGACAAUGGUACCCUUCCCUUUGACCUUAAGAGAGACUAGUGUGCUAUCAGCUGCUGCUGGAACCUCGUCAAGUAUCCUUUUCUCAAUUGCCUAUAUGAUGAUCUCAAACUCCUUGAUCGCAAACAUCAUCGGAGAGAGGAAGAGAAACGUAAAGAACUAAAUGAUUAUUAGUGGUGUUAGCAUACCAGCUUAUUGGAUGUCUCAUUACAUCAUAGAUAUUAUAUUCUAAGCUCCACCGUCUAUUUGCGCUAUCAUUGGAAUCAAUGCAUUCGAUCUAGAUAUGCCUGAUGCUUGGAUUAUCAUCUUAAUUUUCAUAUUUGCAAACCCAGUUUUCGUUUACAGUUUCUCUUUCCUUUUUGAGAAUGAAGGUGCUGCUUCAAUUAUCACUAGAUUAGUUUAUCUGUUACUUGGAGGAAUUGUACCUUUGGCUGUUUAAUUCUUGGAAAUAUUCUCGACCACCGUAGAAUACGGAAAGGUUUUAAGAUGGUUCUUCUAUAUUUUCCCUAUUUUCUCUCUUAACUUUGGUAUACAGAACAUCGCAAGAAAAGCUCUAGAUCCCCUAGAUAUAACAGUAGCUGGUCCUUCUGUGAUAUUCAUGUUUGUGGACAUCUUUUUCUACUGGAUCUUAAUCGCAUCCUUCGAAAAGCAUUUCUGGAGAAUGCUUGGCAAUUACCUAUGUGGUGGUAGACGCAGACAACAAGAAGUUCAAGAAGCUGAUGCCUAGGAAUUAAUGGAAGACGAGGACAUUGCUGAGGAAGAGAACAAGGUUGCCAACGCAAGACCAGAGGACAAUACAAUUAGACUUUACAAGGUUAAGAAGAACUAUGGAAAGACAGUAGCAGUAGAGAAGGUCAGCUUUGGCCUUGAAUACGGUGAGUGCUUUGCACUUCUUGGAGUAUCUGGAGCUGGUAAGACCACAACUUUCAAAUGUCUUAUUGGAGAGGAAACACCUACUUCUGGUUAAGUCUCAAUCAAUGGCUUUGAUGUCACUACAUAAUCUGGUUUUGAUCAGGCUAGAAGACUCAUUGGAUAUUGCCCAUAAUUUGAUGCUAUUUUCGAUGGAAUGACUGUCAGAGAGCAUCUUGAAUUUUAUGCUAAGGUAAAGGGAGUUAUCAUUGAUCUAAGAUAAAGAAUUGUUGAAAGACAGCUAGAUGAAAUGGAUCUUAGAGAAUACUAAAAUAUCAGAGCUGAGAAACUUUCUGGAGGUAACAAGAGAAAGCUCUCAGUAGCCAUGGCUAUGAUUGGAAACCCACCUAUUGUAUUCUUAGAUGAGCCUAGCACUGGAGUAGAUCCUAAAGCCAAGAGAUUUAUGUGGAGCAUAGUCUCUAAGAUUUCUACUAUGAGAAAGAAGAGUUCAGUCAUUAUUACUACUCACUCUAUGGAAGAGGCUGAAGCUCUUUGCACCAAGAUGGGUAUCAUGGUAGCAGGUAAAUUCAGAUGUUUCGGUUCUUCUCAACACAUCAAAGCAAAAUAUGGAACUGGUUAUGAGAUUGAAAUCAAGAUCAGAUACAUCAAGCAAGAAGAACUUAACCAGAUGAAGCAUGAUUGCGGAAUAGAAGACAGUCCAGUUGCCUACAAUUAAAUUGAGGAAAUUCUUAACAAGAUUAAUGCUGGUGACAUGAUCUCUGAAAUUACAAAAGACGGAGCUGGACAGGACUUCUAUUAAUAACUCCAAACUGGAAGUGCUACAAUCUCUGUAGACGAGCUGAUAAGAUGGGCUUUCACUGAGUCCAAAGGAGGGGCUGUUAUUGAAAAAUUUGAGUCAAUGUUCAGAACUGUCGAGGUCCUUGAACACUACAACAACAAUUACAAGUUCAAGGUAAGCAGAGACAACUUCUCAAUUGGAUAUCUCUUCGGUAUGAUGGAAGAUAUCAAGGGAGAAUUCCAAAUUAGUGAAUAUUCAGUGUCUCAAACUACUCUUGAGCAAAUCUUCAACAACUUCGCUAUGGAAGCUGAGAAAGGAAAUGCCCGCAAAAGAACUACAGUUAAGAGAAAGACUCAAAAGAAGCAGGCACUUGAGUUAGACAGAGGUCAAACUGUCGCUCUUGACAAGACACAAGAUUGA